AUGGGUAGUGCCAUGAACGAUGAGGUGGAUCGGGAGUUGGUCGAGUGCGACUUUAUGUUACGCGAGCUUAAGAAAAUACUUGAGGGCUCGAUCAAUCGAAUGAAGGCGUACCACUAUGGAAAGAGGCGCGACGAGGAGUUCGAGCCCGGUGACUUGGUGUUCUUAAAACUAAGGCCAUUUCGGCAACGGACGACCGCACAAAGGGCCGCGACCAAAAUUGGGGUCCGUUACUAUGGGACUUAUAAAAUUUUGGCCAAGAUCGGGAAGGUUGCUUAUCGACUUGAGUUGCCGGGUGAUUCUCAUAUACAUCCGAUCAUACAUGUUUCGCAGCUCAAGCGAAGUCUUGGCGAGGCGCAAUUGGCGAAGGAUAAGCUACCCGCUGUUGCACCGGAUGGAAAAUUUCGAAGCCGAUUGUUCAACCCGCUGUCGGGACCGUUUCCCGUCCAAUAG